AUGCAUAAAGCCGCUGCUCGUUCCCCUCCCUCCUCCCCUCAAGUAGAGCAGAAAAACCGUCCCCGAGAGCCCUACCCCAUCCCAAGCAGCAAUCCCGCCAGCCAGUACACUCUUCUCGAGAAGUUAGGCACCGGUAGCUUCGGAACGGUCUACAAGGCCAUUCACAAUGAUACGAAGCAGAUUGUUGCGGUCAAACAGAUUGAUCUCGAAGAUUCCGACGACGAUAUCUCCGAGAUACAGCAGGAGAUUGCAAGCCUUGCUCAGUGCGACUCGGAGUACGUUACACGGUACUAUGGCUCUUUCGUCGUGAACUACAAGCUAUGGAUCAUCAUGGAAUACCUGGCUGGGGGUUCAUGCCUGGACCUUCUGAAACCUGGUGUUUUCUCGGAGGCCCACAUCGCGGUGAUCUGCCGCGAGCUAUUACUAGGACUCGACUAUCUCCAUACCGAAGGCACUAUCCACCGGGAUAUCAAAGCAGCCAACAUACUAUUGUCCUCAUCAGGGAAGGUCAAGCUCGCUGACUUCGGUGUCGCCGCACAACUCACAAACACCCUUCGACACACCUUCGUUGGGACACCGUUUUGGAUGGCACCUGAAGUUAUUCGGCAAGCAGGUUACGACGCUAAAGCGGAUAUGUGGAGUUUGGGUAUUACUGCCAUCGAGAUGGCAAAAGGGGAGCCCCCACUGGCCGAGUACCACCCCAUGCGGGUAUUGUUCUUAAUCCCCAAAGCCAAACCACCUCUGCUCGAAGGUCCCUUCUCUGCUACGUUCAAAGACUUCGUUGCCCAAUGUCUGACGAAAGACCCCAAGCUUCGCCCAACUGCCAAUGAACUGUUGCAACACAAAUUCAUUCGCACAGCAAAGAAGACGUCCUAUCUGACGGAGCUCAUUGAACGAUAUCAAGACUAUCGAGCGCGCUCGCCACCCAGGGGUCCGGUAAAUCAUGCGUCCAUACGUAGCAACGGCACAUGGGACAGCAACAACACGAUGAAAAGCGACUGGAACUUCGACACCGUAAGGACGAUGUCUGCUCUCGGCUCCUUCAGAGGGACCAUCCACGACCUCUCGAUGCCUCCGGGUAUGGUGGCGGAAGAUGACGAAACGCUUGACGACACUGACGAGCAGGGAUCCGUUGACACCUCCGCUGCCACGAAAGGGAGUGAUCCUAUCGUCACCAACGGACUGGGGAUGAACCGUGAUGCGGCACACUCGACGGUUAUCAUUAAACCUCCUCGCAUUCCCGAGGUACCCAGUGAAGAGACGCCAUCAGGCGCGCCACCAGCUUACUCGGGUUCGGUCCGCUCGUCACGUCGGGCGUCGUACGCUGCUCGUACAUCUGUAGAUGGUGCUGGUACAGUUCUUCGUGAAGCUGAUAUUGGCACGGGCAUCGAUACAAUACGGCCUGUGAAGAAAGUCGACCCAGUCGGCUCACUGAGACUUUCUUCUGAAUUUGUGGGAAGCAUCAGGAAGGAGGGCAGUGCUUCCUCAUCGCCCACUUCACCCACAACACAUAGGCGUGCUUCCAGCGAGAUAGGCAAGGCAGGCCGGUCCGUUGUCGAUGAGGUUAUUCUUCCUAUCUUGGAGAACCAAAUCCGAGAUGAUAUGGAUGCCCGUGAGAUCGAAUCUCUGAGCAUGCUGCAGCGAGGGUUCACCGAGCUAAAGGAUGCGAAUCCUGAGCUGGCGUAUAACAUCAUCCUCGACAUCCUUCAGGGCAUUAACGACAAUCCGUCAAUAAAGCAGCACAUUCAGACUUCACGAAGCUUCUUCCCCCACAAACGUAUCAUCCGCAAGAGCGAGAUGACGGCCAAGGGUCUGGUCGUGACCGAGGAACAAGAGGAGAUCUCUGGCUUGCCCUCAACCUCGAGUCCUAAUGGUUCAGCUGUCUUACCGACGCCAACACCAGCCGACCCUUCACCUACGCGGAAAUCACCCAUUGCCGAGCUGCUCUACAUGCGCUGGCUUGAGGGCCUCAAGCUCAAGUGGCCGAGCAUCAUGUCGUCAUGA